AUGUGGGCAUGUAGCAGAGGAGUAGGUCAACAUGAGAGCAAGCAGCUCUAUGUGUUGGAGAGUCUUGAAGUGAAAAUAGAGGAAUUUGAUCUUGUAGCAACAGGAACCUGGGAGCCAGUGCAGAUUCUGGACUCUGGGCAGGACUCAGUACUUGCUCGCCGGCUCGGCUCCUUUUUUGGCACCCACACGCCUGAGAAAACUCGUGCGACGAACAUGGGUAAAAGCCAGAGCAAGGAACUCGAGAGACCACUUCCUCCCUCUGGUCCUGUGGCAGCUGAUCCUGAAGGUGAUUUCACCAUAGUGAUCUAUGCCAAACUUGCCUCCAAGCAAAAGGCUAUAACGGAUUUGACACCUGAAACCACAGAUGUAGCUGUUGCAGCACCUCCAUCAGGAGACUCUAAUGCAGAGCUCUGUCGAUACAUUUCCAAAGUCUUAAAACUCAGGAAGAGUGAUGUAGUUUUGGAUAAGGGUGGUAAAUCUUGUGAGAAAGUGGUGAAGAUUUUGGCCUCCACAAUUCCAGCAGAGAUCUUGGAGAAAUUGAAAAAGCAAGCUGAAGACAAAUAG